GGCGGUAGGUGUAGGGAAGGGAAGGCAUGGUGUGUGUGUGUGUGUGUGGUUGGGGGAGGUGGGGGGCUUGUCGAACAUGGUCACCGAGCGCGACGACGGGCUGCAGGGGACAGCCCGUAGGCGAUGACGAGAGGGCGAUGGCGGUGACGACGACGACAACAAUGGCGACGACUGCAACGAUGUGCCGGAUUGCUAGAGCAACAUAGGACAGCACAUGUGCUUCUCCAUGCUGUUCGCUGCCAUGGCUGUCUCUGCUGUCGUCGGUCGUGGCUGCGUAGCAGUGCGUCGGACGCUGUCACGUGCGAGUCGAUGACUCAGAGCGGCGUGACGGCAGCACAGGGCAGGGCAGGGUGUUGACUCACACAUUGCUGGUUCACGUUGAUGAGGGGGAUGGUGACAGGGCAUCGCGCUGAGGCAUGGAUGCAGCGCGGCGGACUUGCGACGGAUCAACAACUUGGUGUCGGACGCUGGCCUGCACGCGCGAUCGACCCUCCUGGUCCCUACCACAGAGCCCAGGCCCAGUGCUAGCGCAGGCGUGGCUGACGCAGGCGCGGGCGUAGGCUUUGCUGUACCGCAGGCAGCAGCGCCGGCGACGCUUGUCCCGCGCAUGGUUGGGGGCGGCGCCGAUUCUGGUCCUGACGACGAGAAGCUUGACGAUGAUGGCGGCAAUGGCGCAAAGAAGAUCUCGCUGGCAGGAGCAUCAGGCUCGUCGGUUCUCGACUCGCUGGCGGCGCUGAAUGCGCGGCUAGCCUCGAUCAACCGCUCCAACGCGGCGCUAACCAACUCGAUGACGUCGGCUGCGGCGGUGGCGUCGUCCAGCGCACGCGCAACGCAGCGGGCGCGGGCUCAGACUGUGCUCGAGGCCGAGCUCGACGACGAGAGCCGCUCCGACUCGUCCGGACUCGAUGAUUUUGAGUCUGGGCUUGUCGACGCAUCAGUGCGUGCCGGCCCGCGACUGGGCGGCCCGUCGUCGGUCGGUGUGGUCAAGUCCAACGUCCAGCGGCGGAUGGCAGCGGCGCAGAAUGACAUGUUUGGGUUGUAG